AUGGCCGGAAUUCCGAUCGCCGACACUGAGUUGCUGAUCGCUGCUGUUGAGCAGCGGCCAGCUUUAUGGAUGGCCCGGCACCGAGACCACAAGAACAAAUUUGUGAAAGCAGCCCUGUGGCGUGAAGUAGCGGCCGCCGUCAUGCCCGUUGGUGUGGGCAUUGAAGAAGGCGUUGAACUUGUCCAGAAACGAUGGAAGUCGCUACGGGACAAGUUUCGCCGCCUCUUCUUUGCCCACAAGGAUCAGCUCAGAAGUGGCGCCAGUCAAGAAGAUGCAGAAUCGUCUGAAAGUUCAUGGCCCUUUUUUGACGUUCUGCUGUUCUUGAAGGACACAAUGCAGACAAGGGACGUCGGGAAAUUACACGUCAUAUCAAACGAGCCAGUGCAUAAGUCCUGGAAGCCAGUCGGCGAGCACUGGAAGCCAGGCAGUGAGCCCAGCAAGCCAGGCACCAAGGCCUGCAAGCCAUCGGCCGAGCCCUGCAAGCCAGCCAGUAAGCCCUGCAAGCCAGCCAGUAAGCCCUGCAAGCCAGCCAGUGAGGCCAGCAAGCCCAACUGCUAG